UAGUGGCCUAGGUUAUUUGAAUUAAUUUGCAUGUACAAUAUUCUUUCAGCCUUUAUUUUAUAUUUUUGCAAUCGAGUCGAGCUAUCGUUUGUCAGUGACCAGUGAAGAAUUUAUUUUUAAACGGAAAGUUACUCAGAUAUAAGUUUUGACUAAGUUUUUGAAGAUUUUGUUGUAUUGAAUAUCAGAAAAUAUGAGUUGUUGGGUGACUGUAGAGCAAGGGACAUUAGAAGGCAAGGUUUGUACCACAUAUUAUGGAAAGAAGUACUACAGUUUCGAAGGAAUACCAUAUGCCAAACCUCCUGUCGGGAAAUUGCGUUUUAGGUGCCCUCAAGAACCGGAAAAAUGGACUGGGGUGCGUGACGCCACAAAACCUGGCAACAAAUGUGCACAAAUCAAUCCUUAUUCCCCAAAAGCAUUGAUCGGUUCCGAAGAUUGUCUUUAUUUAAAUGUUUACACGCCAAGCUUACCGGCGGAGAAACUGAACAAACUUCCAGUUAUGUUUUUUGUUCACGGCGGAAGGUUUCUCGUCGGCUACGGAGAUUACUACCAGCCCGACUACAUAUUGAAACAUGACGUCAUCCUUGUAACCAUUAAUUACAGAUUGAACAUAUUCGGUUUUCUUUGUUUACACACGCCAGAAGUUCCCGGCAACGCCGGCAUGAAAGAUACCGUGAUGGCUUUAAAAUGGGUGAAAAAUAAUAUAAAACACUUCAAUGGUGACGAGAACAAUAUAACGGCGUGCGGCGAGAGCGCAGGCUCGGCAAUCAUCACUUUCUAUUUAACUUCUAAAAUGACGAGUGGCUUGUGUCAUAAGAUAAUUUCGCAGUCGGGAAACCUGCUGUCGGACUUGGUCAUGGUGGAGGAGGACCCUGUGCAGAAAGCCCAACAUAUCGCCAAGUUACUGGGACAGGAGCUGACCGGCACGAGGAGUUUAUAUGAAUUUCUUAUGAACGCACCCGUCGAGGAUCUAAUCUUUGCUAUGAUCAGCGCCGAAGUGGAUCGCCCCUCGUAUGUUAUCAACGCGAAUCUCUUACCGGUCGUUGAGAAACAAUUUGAAGGAAUCGAACGAUUUAUCGACGAGUAUGCGAUAGUUUCAAUUCGGGAGAAUCGUAUCAACAGAAUGCCGAUUCUCACCACAUUGAAUUCGCACGAAGGUGCGCUGUUCUUGUCGAGAAACGACAAAGGCGACAUCCAGUUUCAGACUAAUCUUCAGUACUUCAUUCCACGUUUUACAUGUAUAAAAUACGAUACGCCGAGAUCGGUGAAGUUUGCUAAAAGUCUAAACGAGUUUUACUUUAAGGGUAAAGGAAUUUAUAAAGAAGCUUACUUAGAUUUGGUUUCGGACGCGUACUUCGCCAGAGACACCGUUAUGUUUAUGGAACACAUGUCCAAAUAUAUAGAAGAUGUUUAUUUUUGUUACUUCUCGUACGCGGGCAACAUGAACACCAGUCUGAUGAAGAAGCUGGGCCUGUCGGGCGCGACGCACGGCGACCUCAUACAGUACCUGUUCUAUAGGAAGAGCAAGGCUGACAAAUGUACUGAAAGAGAUCAAAAGAUCGUCGAUUUCCUCACCGAAGCUUGGUGUAAUUUCGCUAAGAACGGAAAACCGACGUGGAAGAAGCAGCCCGUGCAGUGGUUACCAUACGACGAGAAGAAUAAGUACACGCUGCAUGUCGACGACGAGAUCAAGUUGGUGUUUAACCCCAAUUGGGAGAGAUAUUGUCUUUGGAACAAACUUAUGGGAGAAAGAUGUAAACUAUGAUUUGUGCAAAAGUCAACAUGAAUCAAUUGUACGUGUUUAUAUUGAGUGUAAUACAAUAUAUACAUUAACAUAUUAUGACAAAGUAUAUUUUUAUACAUUGUUAAUAUAUUAGUAUCGCAUAAAUUACAUCAA